GGCGCAAACCAAGCGUGCUUGGUCACAAACCGGGCCGGGCAUCAUUGGGAGAAAGGAAGAAUUGCUGAUUAAUCAACGCUGAAUGAGUUUUCAGAAAUCACCUACUUUAUUAAUUUAUUCCCCAUCGUAGCUAGUACGUGUUCCUGUACACCACAUAAACGAAGGGUUUUGUGACACAGCGCAAUUGUUUAGGUGUCUGAGGUUUGCGCCAGCAUGUCUGUGUCUGUGAUCAUUAAAUGGGGUGGACAGGAGUACUCCAUCAGUACACUCUCUGAAGAGGACACUGUGCUGGACCUCAAGCAGUCUAUCAAGUCCCUGACUGGGGUUCUUCCAGAGAGACAGAAACUCCUAGGAUUAAAAGUCAAAGGUAAACCAGCAGAGGAUAACAUGAAGCUGGGCUCACUGAAGCUCAAACCCAAGACCAAGAUCAUGAUGAUGGGCAGCAGAGAGGAGAGUCUGGAAGACGUUUUAGCACCUCCCCCAGAGAAUGAUGACGUUGUCAAUGACUUUGACAUUGAAGAAGAGGUGAUUGAAGUAGAGAACAGAGAGGAGAACUUGGCCAAGAUAGCCCGCCGUGUCAAAGACUACAAAGUGGAGGAGAUGAACCCACCCAGGGAAGGAAAGAGGCUGCUAGUACUAGAUGUGGACUACACAUUGUUUGAUCACAAGUCAUGUGCAGAGACAGGUCAAGAGCUCAUGAGGCCUUUUCUCCAUGAGUUCUUGACCUCUGCGUUCGAAGACUAUGACAUUGUAAUUUGGUCUGCCACGAGUAUGAAGUGGAUUGAUGCUAAAAUGAAAGAGCUAGGAGUGACAGACAACCCUAACUACAAGAUCACCUUCAUGCUGGACAGUGCAGCCAUGAUCACCGUGCACACACCUAAGAGGGGUGUAGUGGAGGUGAAGCCUCUCGGGGUGAUAUGGGGCAAGUACAGUGAGUUCUACAGCAAGAGGAACACCAUCAUGUUCGACGACAUUGGCAGAAAUUUCCUCAUGAACCCACAGAACGGACUGAAGAUUCGUCCAUUCAUGAAAGCGCACUUAAACCGUGAGAAAGACAAAGAGCUCUUCAAACUGUCUCAGUAUCUUAAAGAGAUUGCCAAACUGGAGGACUUCUCUUUUCUCAACCAUAAGCAUUGGGAGAGGUAUCUGUCAAAGAAACAGAGCCAGUGAGCGCAUUGUUGUGGAUAUGUGAAGGGAUGGUCAUUCCUCAACCAGGAACAGUGCUGGACACUGAAGCCCUCACCAAACUACUACUGCCUGUUUCCCAUUGUAUGGCUUGUUCUUUUGAUUUCUGUUCUUCCCCCCCUCAUCUCUGAAAUCCUUUGUUACCUUCAGUAUAACAGUUCUGUCACCUAUCCAUAAACCGAGAGACACACGGUAAGUACUGUACACAUACCGGUACACAGUUUACAUUCAAUGGUUUUUGUUAGGUUUCAUCCAAUUGCUCUUUCAGAGUAGUGACUCUUAUCAUCUGUAGCUAUAUGAACAUGUUCUAUACUGAUACCGUUGCAUAUUCUCUUUCUCUCCCCCCCGGCUCUCUCCCUUAUGGCACCAUACCAAGUAGAGAUGGUGAAGCUAGCACAGGAACUGACUUUUACUGAGUGCACCUGACACUGAGGUAGAGUUGAUCAGACUUAACUAACCAGUGAGGUGGAUUAGGCCUCUAUUUGGAUGAUGUCCAUAUGCUGCUGCUUGUCACAGAGGUCAUUUCAGAAGGAGAGGGAAGAUGUUGUCCAACAGGCAGUUUAGUUUAUGUCAUUGUGUACUGACAUCAGCUAUAUGCCUGCCUGGAAAUAACAUCUACAGUGCCUUCAGAAAGUCUUCACACCCUUCACAUUUUGUUGUUACAGUCUGAAUUUAAAAUGGAUUUACGUAAAGAUUUUGUCACUGGCCGACACACAUUACCUGAUAAUGUCUGAGUGGAAAUCUUAUUUAAAUUUUAAUUUAAAAAAAAUAAAAAUGAAAAUCUGAAAUGUCUUGAAUUAGUAAGUAUUCAACCCCUUUUAUGGCAAGCCUAAAGUUCAGGAGUAAAAAAUGUUCUUAACAAGUUGCAUGGACUGUGUUUAACAUUAUUUUUGAAUGACUACCUCAUCGCUGUAGCCCACACAUACAAUUAUCUAUAAGGUCCCUCAGUCGAGCAGUGAAUUUCAAACACAGAUUCAACCACAAAGACCAGGGAGGUUUUCCAAUGCCUCACAAAGAUUGGUAGAUGGGUAAAAAAAAAGCAGACAUUGAAUUUCCCUUUGAGCAUGGCGAAGUUAUUAAUUUCACUUUUGAUGGUGUAUCAAUACACCCAGUCACUAAGAUACAGGUGUCUUUUAUAACUUAGUUGCCAGAGAGGAAGGAAACCACUCAGGGAUUUCACCAUGAGGCCAAAGGUGACUUUAAAACAGUUUGAGUUUAAUGGCUGUGAUAGAACUGAGGAUGGAUCAACAUUGUAGUUAUCUACAAUACUAACCUGAAUGACAGAGUCAAAAGAAAGAAGCCUGUACAGAAUAAAAAUAUUCAAAAACAUGCGUCCUGUUUGCAGUAAGGCAUUGCAAAAAUAAAACUGCACAAAAUGUGGCAAAGAAAUGAACUCUGUCCUGCAUAUAAAAUGUUAUAUUUGGGGCAAAUCCAAGCAUGGUGGUGGCUUCAUCAUGUUAUGGGUAUGCUUGUCAUCAGCAAUGAUUAUGGAGUUUUUUUUAAGAUAAAAAGAAACUGAAUAGAGCUAAGCACAGGAAAAAUCCUAGAGGAAACCCUGACUGUCUGCUUUUCAACUGACAUAUGGAGACAAAUUAGGACAAUUACCUCAAACACAAGGCCAAAUAUACACUGGAGUUGCUUACCAAGAUGACAUUGCAUGUUCCUGAGUGGCCUAGUUACAGUUUUGACUUUAAAUCUGCUUCAAAAUCUAUGGCAAGACUUGAAAAUGACUGUCAACAACCAACUUGGCAGAGAUUGAAGAAUUUUAAAAAGAACGAUCCAGGUGUGGAUGUAUUGACUCAACGGGUUGAAUACUUAUGUAAUCACUAUAUAUAUAUAAUUGAUGUAGAAUAAAAAAUAAAAUAUAUAUAUAUAUUUCUUUUUCUUCAAAUGUUACAAUUUGUCUUCCACUUUGACAUUACAGAGUAUCUUGUGUCGAUCAUUGACAAAAUAAAUGACAAUUAAAUACAUUUUUCAUCCCAUUUUGUAACAACAAAAUGUGGAAGUCUAAGGGUGUGAAUACUUUCUGAAGGCACUGUAUCUUUGCGUGUGGCUAAACAGUAUUUUUUAAUUAUUAUUAUGCAUUUGACCGAAUUUUGAUUUGAGCUGAACACUUUUGUCAUAUUCUCAGGCAAAUGUUAAGGCCACUGAAGUUAAUGAACCAAACUAUACUUGCUGUAGAAUGAUUGAAAAUAAGUUGGAAAAAGGCACCUAUGAUGUUUUUGAAGGUGGGUGGGGAAAUUUGAAAGGCAUUGUGUUAGACUCAGCACAAGCACUAGACACUAAACUUCUCAGACUAAAGUUCUCAGAUUUUGUAUGAGGUUUAUUUGGAAAUAGAAUUGUAUUGUUUUCAGUUGGAUAGUUCGAAGAAUGGAUAUGGUUCUGAACAUGGAAUCGAACCCAUUUGUAUCUGUUACUAGUAUUCUCUUUAAGAGGCAAUUGAACAGUCUUUAACAGUAUUUAGGUUAAUUCAAUAUUUGCCAACAUUUUGCUUUAUUGGCUCUAACACUAGAGCAUCAAUGCUCUCACGUCAUCCCGCAAAGUUAUGCAAUAAUCUAAAGAUCAACUGCUAUCAGAGGAUACGAACACGUCGGGGUUUACUCUGUUAUUUUCUGUUUUGGAUUGUCAAAUAUUUAUUUUACAGACUAACUUCUUGUUUUCUUGUAAAGGACAUGUUUUGCCGCCUUCAUGUCAGGUGGCAAAGGUCAAUUUAAAUAAGCAUUUCAGUUGUUAAAUUAAGGUACUCUCACAGAGUUUCUAAACCCAGAGGCGCAACAUCGCGAGCUUCCGGAAAACGCUUGCGAAACAGACCAAACAGACUAGGUGUUUGAGACGUUAAUGGGAGAAGUGAAAUAAUUAUUAUAAUAAUGUUUUCUCAAUCUAAAGGCACAACCUAGAUUCGAGCCAAUGUCUUAGGUAGUUGAACAUGCUAUUACUGCAACCUUGUGACAAACUGACACAUUUUACAUUUUCGUCCAAAACUUUAUAUCAAAGGAGUGCCUUUGAUUUGAUGGCCUUUAGACCCGAUGACGUGUUUCUAAACGAGCUUAGCUAGCCAACGUCGUUGUGACAUCAUCUACGGGUGUGAUUGGGGAUUUCUGUUGGAUAAGCUGUUUUAGCCUGUCUUCAUACUGUACUGUCUUUGGUACUAUCAUUUACCAAGCUGUGUGUACUCUGUCUACAUGCAUCUUAGGCACUGAAUACACACUUGGAUAACCGACAUUCAGCAUGUAUGGUAACUCAUGUCUGUCGCUGAAGCAGCACUUGGAUAACCGACAUUCAGUAUGUAUGGUAACUUAUGUCUGUUGCUGAAGCAGCACUUGGAUAACCGACAUUCAGUAUGUAUGGUAACUCAUGUCUGUUGCUGAAGCAGCACUUGUAUAACCGACAUUCAGUAUGUAUGGUAACUCAUGUCUGUUGCUGAAGCAGCACUUGGAUAACCGACAUUCAGUAUGUAUGGUAACUCAUGUCUGUCGCUGAAGCAGCACUUGGAUAACCGACAUUCAGUAUGUAUGGUAACUCAUGUCUGUCGCUGAAGCAGCACUUGGAUAACCGACAUUCAGUAUGUAUGGUAACUCAUGUCUGUCGCUGAAGCAGCACUUGGAUAACCGACAUUCAGUAUGUAUGGUAACUCAUGUCUGUUGCUGAAGCAGCACUUGGAUAACCGACAUUCAGUAUGUAUGGUAACUCAUGUCUGUCGCUGAAGCAGCACUUGUAUAACCGACCUUCAGUAUGUAUGGUAACUCAUGUCUGUCGCUGAAGCAGCACUUGUCAAACUAUUAUUUGUUUAGUUCUCAGCUUGUCAUAUUUGUUACCUCCAGUUAAGUUUGCUUCACAAUCACAUGGUUUGUAAAAGAUGAGGAAACCAUCACAUUUGUUGUCCUGUGAGAUGUCAUUUGCAGACUGUUGUACACUCCCCUAUGUAUAUAUUUGGACAGUGAAACUAAAAUGUUUCAUUUGGCUCUAUACUCUAGAAUUUAGGAUUUAAGAUCAUGUUUUAUAUGAUGCAACAGUCUGUAAUGUCACCUUUUUUAUUUUGUGGUAUUUUUAUACAUCUGUUUUACUUUUUAGAAAUGAAAGCACUUUAUGUAUCUAGCCCUCUACCCCCCCCCCCCCCACCCACCCAUUUGAAGGUGUCAUAAGUAAGGACAAAUUCACUUGUGUAGUAUUUGGUCCCAUAUUCCUUGCACGCGAUGACUACAUCAAGCUUGUGACUCUACAAACCUGUUGGAUGCUUUUGGUUGUUUUGGUUAUGUUGUUUUGGUUAUGUUGUGCACAAUAGAAAUGAAUCAAAUUCAUCCAAAACGUCUCUACAGUCAAGCUUGAUGUAGUCAUGGCACGCUAGGAAUGUACACCAAAUACUACACUUUUGACAAUUUAAUACACUAAUUGAAUUUGUCCAAAUACUUCAAAUUGGGGGACUAGAUGCAUAAAGUGCAUUCAUUCCUAAAUGGUAAAACAGAGAACACCUUCAAAUAAAAGGUGACAUUCUGUACUGUCACCUCAUGUAAAACAUUUGAUCUGAAAUACAAUAUGCUUCAGUAUAGUGCCAAAUUAGAAGUUCAAGUUUCACUGUCCAAGUACGUAGGGGGGUGUCGGACAGCGUGAACAUGUUUUUAACAAGCGGACACCGGAUUCCUGUUGUGAACAUAUCCCGACUGUAAAUAAAAGAUGACACUUUUUAGAAAAUAAACUUUUGUAGUCAGAUUUUUACA